GUCAUGGAUGUACAACACAAUCUUUGCUCGCAUUGUCACAUUAGAUAUCAGUCUGAUGCAAAGUAUUGAAAGUCUUGACGUAUGAUAUUUUUGCGGUUGUUCGGGAGUCUGAUCCGGUAUUUUUCACUGUGCUUUAAGAAUGUCUGGCCGUGAUGGCGGUAAGAAAAAGCCUCUUAAGGCGCCGAAAAAGGAUUCAAAAGUUCUGGACGACGAAGACUUAGCGUACAAGCAAAAGCAGAAGGAGCAACAGAAAGCGCUCGCCGAGGCUACGAAAAAAGCCAGCCAAAGGGGCCCACUUGUCACAGGUGGCAUAAAGAAAUCUGGCAAGAAAUGAUCCAGCCAAGACUGACGAAAAUCACGAUCUUUGUACGCGCUAUUGUUCUUAUCGAGGCAUGAUUUUGACAUCAAUUAGUGUACCGACCGAAAUAUCUUUCGGCCCCUCAAUUCUGCGAAAUGGUUAACACUUGUAAAUAAACGUUCAUGAAUUAAAUUAUACAAAAGUACACAUUUAAUAGACGUUUAUGUUUCUCCAUUUAAUGUACCGAUUAAAAACGCUUGGACGAUUUAAUCGAUACAUUUUAUACGUUCGUGACCGAUUCGUUCGUGUAUCAGAUGUC